CCGCGGCCCGGAAGCGGAAGCGCGGCGGGGCUGGAGCCGGAGCCGGCGGCGGGCAGAUGGCGGAGUGCGGGCCGCAGCCCCCCGGGGGUGGGAGCGGGGCUGCGGGGGCGCCGAGCCGGCACGAGAAGAGCCUGGGGCUGCUGACCACCAAGUUCGUGUCGCUGCUGCAGGAGGCCAAGGACGGCGUGCUCGACCUCAAGCUGGCUGCAGAUACCUUGGCUGUGCGACAGAAGCGACGGAUCUACGAUAUCACGAAUGUCCUGGAAGGCAUCGGGUUGAUCGAGAAGAAAUCCAAGAACAGUAUCCAGUGGAAAGGGGUGGGUCCUGGCUGCAACACGCGUGAAAUAGCUCACAAACUCAUCGAGCUGAAGGCAGACAUAGAGGACCUGGAGCAGCGGGAGCAGGAGCUGGAGCAGCAGAAGAUGUGGGUUCAGCAGAGCAUCAAAAACGUUACAGAAGACGUGCAGAACAGUCGAUUAGCAUAUGUGACACAUGAAGAUAUCUGCAAGUGCUUCACAGGAGACACCCUCCUUGCAAUCCGAGCCCCGUCAGGCACGCGUUUGGAGGUUCCCGUCCCGGAGGGCCUGAACGGGCAGAAGAAAUAUCAGAUCCACCUGAAGAGCACAAGUGGUCCCAUUGAUGUUCUCUUAGUAAACAAAGAUGCUUGGAGCUCUCCUCCUGUCAUACUACCCGUCCCUCCCCCUGAAGACCUCAUUCAGUGCCAGGCAGUUGCACCCUCAAAACCGCAGAUACCACCGCUCACCCACUUCCAGGAGGCAUCUGUUCCCAGCAGCACCCAGCCCUCCACACCGACACCCACUAGCACUCAGGACCACAGCCCUCCUGCGCAGAAAGCCGCCAGCACAGAAUGUGGCGUCUCAGCAGCAGAGUCCAAGAGCAGCGGCGACUUUGACCCCCUCAGCAACGUGUCUGCGUCGGCCGGCCAGCCGGCCGGGUUAGAUACCCAGCCGCUACAGUCCUCUGCCUCGCUGGACAGCAGCUCCGUCCUACCCAGCCCCUCUACCUCCUUCGAGCCGAUCAAGCCCGAUCCCACAGGAAUACUGGAACUUCCCAAAGAGCUGUCAGAGAUGUUCGAUCCAACAAGAGAAUGUAUGAACUCGGAGCUGCUGGAAGAGCUGAUGUCAUCUGAAGUGUUUGCUCCCUUGCUCCGCCUCUCCCCUCCACCUGGAGAUCACGACUACAUCUAUAACCUGGACGAGAGCGAAGGCGUCUGUGACCUCUUUGACGUGCCUGUCCUCAACCUCUGACUUCUCAGUGCGGCCGCAAGACUCGCAAACACAGACCGUUUUGUAACUCUUUGGAAAGUGUCUAUUUUUGGAUUCCUUUUGUGCUAGAGCUUGAUGAGUGAGCGAUUCAGAGAUGCUGUCAUACGGACUCAGAACUAAGAGAUGUGGACUUGCAGGCUGGGAGCCUCCCCGUAGUUUCUUCCUCUUCCUCUGUUGCAAGUGCAACUCGCCCCGCCGCAUCUCUGUCUCCACUGGAUCCUGGGCCUCACUUCAAAGGGUCUGUGUUUUGAGCGUUCCCAGUUCACCUGCAGAGUUUGCCCAUGUGCCUCUCCGAGCUUCCUCAAAUCUGCAUGCCUUGGUUUUUCCUGCACUCCUAGAGGCACUUUGCACCUCCUAGGUACCAGCUGCUACAAGGAGCCCUAAUACCGUGGUCAGUUCACAAGCCCGGAGGUAGUUAGCUAGAUUUCUCAAUGUGAGCGGUUCAGACUGGGGUGGUUAUAGUUCUGAAUGACAACGGGGAGGGGGGGGGAAAGGCACCAAAGUGUCCGUUUCUUCCAGUGACUCCAGACCAAGCUAGUAUGUUUUACAAGAAAAAGCACUUUUUUUAGCCAGCUGUGCCUCCUGGUGGGACUCGGGAGUUGAGAGUUCCUAGUAGGACCCAGGAGCUGAGUCUUUCCCUGCUCGCGUGUCAGCAGGAGCGCUGGUUCUGCGCUCACCAGUUUGCUGAUGCGCAAGCCCAGGGGCUCCAGCUCCUUGUACAGCAGCUGUGCUGUUUCUACAGGGCUAAAGAAGAGGUGCCAGUAUGUGGUUUUUAAAUUUUUUUAUUUGUUUUUGCCUGAGUGAAGAGAUGUUUGAAAGGAUAAGACUGCUCCAGCUGGUGCCUGUAAGGUACUCCAGGUACAUCAGAGCCUGCUCAUAUUUGCAAACAGCCGUCUUCUCCAACCAUUGCACUUGAGCGUUCGACUGUCUAAAAGGCGACCAAGCAGUAACAAUUCAGUAGUACUUUGCCGUGACAAGUUACGUAGGUGUUGUCAAAAUAGUGCUUUCCCCCCAGCCCUUUUUCUCUCUUAGCAUCUGCUGAGGAUCAGGCUUUCUGUAUAUUUGAAUUUGCUCCUCUAGUGUCCAUACCCACGCUCCCAAUUCCUGAUCCUGUGGCAGGUCGCUACCUAGUGUGAUGUUUUCUCCGCAUCAUUUUUUUCGCAAGAUUUUCUUCAUGCUGUGUAAUGGAAGGGCUGCCAUUGGGUUCGUUGUGAUGACCAGGUGGUGCCAGUCCUGGACCCUGGUGCAUUUUAGUUGGAGUAAAACGCCCCGAUGGAUUUGUGUUGUAUUUUCCAAGCCCCAACUUUGGUUUUUGGUCAGAUCCUGUAUUUGAGUGUCUUCAGCUUUGCACAUCUUCCUGCCAACACAGUGGUAGCAGCUGCCCUGCCUCUCCAGCUCCGCAAACUGCCAAAGAGAGGGCCAGGCCAGGAGCACGGCUGGCCGUUGCAGACAGGUAGCUUGCAGCCAUCCACAUAACCAGCCUAUGUUUAACUUCUCUGCUUAGCUGCUCGCUGCCUGUGAACCACGUAACCAGCUGGAGCACCAGCAAUAAGGGAUGUAAAGUCUUCAAUUUUUGGAGCCCACAGAAGUGAGAAGAGUAUGUGCUUGGGACCUGCGUCCCCAAGGUGCCUCCUCGGGCCGUCCUAGUUGCGUGGCACUCCUCCAGAAGAGCUGUUCCCCUCUGCAGCCCCGAAACACCGGCAUCCUCUUCAGGGAAAAGCAUGAAGAAUUCCGGAGGAACAACGGGACGCUAGUGUGGCAGCUGCUGCUGGCAAGACAGCCGUGGCGUGGGACCCCGUUGGGGGGUGAACUUCCAGCCCGCAUGCAGCCAGUCCCCGAACCUUCCCUCCUUCGCAUGGAAGCUGACCGAAACCCCUUGGUCCUGCGCGCGCGUUAGCUAGGCUCCGUGGCUUUGGUGUAGCUCGAGCUCUUCGUGUACUGCCUGGCCCUCGCCCUCCUUCCAAGUGUUUGUGUUCGCCACCAGUUAGACAACCUUCAGAAAAGGAUACCUAGAGAAAAAUUUACAGUUGCAAAUGAACUUUUGAUUCAUAUAUAAAGAUUAUUUUUAUACUUUUUUUGCAAGGAAAGAAAAUUGCCUGUAAUAUUUGUACAGUGUUCUGACAUGAAUAAACAAAAAAACUUUCCAGA